AUGCCGAUUAAAUACGAAUUUAACGAAGCGAACCAAAACUUCCAAUACCCCCCAAUCCCGCAAAGCGACAAGGACGACACCAUUCUCGGCAAUAAAGACCCAUGGCCACCAUUUAAGAUAAAAAUCGUCAAGGCCACAACAUCCACGGAAUGGGGUACCAUAGACGCAGCAGCCUCCCAUGCUCUACAAGUCACCGAAACCAACGAAAAGAAUGAGCAGCUCGUCCGCACGUACCAUCCAGCUCUUCGAGAUCAGCGUUGGGUUUCUGUCUCUGAAUCCAGCUACGGUCCGCCGAUAUGGUUAGUCCACGAUCGAGUAACAGGGAUAGAAGCCGGGGGUCGAGCGAUCCACAAAUACCCCGUUGAUCAUUCGGAGUUGUAUCGUUUGGGUAUCAUCCAGCCGCGAUCGUUUCGCAAAGAGGAGUUCCUUUUUCGGUUACCUAUUAAUCCACGGAAGUUGUUGAGGCCUACGCAGUUGGAUAAUCUUCGUGAAUUGUUCCCGCGUGCUGUUGGGGCGAGGGUUCUUGUUUCGGGGCAUCUGGUGGUUCUUUUUGAGUCCAAGUCUAAUAUGAAGGAUAUCUUUUGGAGUGACUGGGUGAUGGAAGUUGGUUGUCUGCGUGCAAUUUAUGAUGUUGUGAGUGCGGAUUUGAGCAUCAAAACAACCAAAUCGGGCCGGGAGGUUUGUGUCUCGCCCAACAGUCGUGAUUGGAAGGGUGGUUUGGGACUUCGGUUGGCCAUGCCGGAUGGAAUUGAAGCAGUGACUUCUGUCACUCAUGGUUCAGUAUACAACCCCUCCACAUCGCUCAUUCCUCGCACGCUUCGUAACUGGGCUCGAAGCGCGAGAAACGCCAUCCUACGUCUAUGCAAUCUACCCUGCCCUCUUCCUGACUUCCCAGUCGGAAAGGAGGUCACGCACCUUAACUCUAAACCGAUCGGCACAAUAAUUAGCACCUACGACAACCCUAGCCAAACCCACCCAUACCCCGCCGGUUACACACACGACCUCAGCCUCAUAGCAGCCGAAAAACUCCCCACCAUCAACCCCCGCAUAACCAGCUGGGCAACAUACACCGAAGCCCUCAGUGGCUUACCCGCCUACACAAUACGCCCCUCCGCAAACGGAAACCAACCCGAGAUCCAACCGGCAACAAUGGUCGGCACGCAGUAUCUCUGGGACCGAGAGACGCGCUCACAAAGUGCUUCGCUGAUAUGGAGGACUGAGGAUGAUUCAACGCCUGAAGUUGGAUGGCCGGGGUCUGUGUUGUGUCUUGGGACGGAUGAGGGUUCGAAGGCGGUUGUCUUUCAUAAUUUUCAGACGAGGGUUCUUGUUGACGUGGAUAAGAAGGGGAGGUGUGAGUAUGGGUUUUUGAGGGGUGGGUUUUUAGUUCCGGGGGAGGUGAGGGAUGCUAGGAUUGUUUAGUUUUGCUAUGCCAGUAAUAGCUCUCGCUUGCUAGUAUCGCUCUAGAUAUGAUGGUAUUGAUGACGUCUUUCGGGGU